UUGGAAGUAGGAAAAAAAAACAUAUUUUAUAACAUGAAUUUUGCAUCACAGAAAAAAACCUCUGAGUUCCGAAGUACAAAAGAAAGAAUUGUACUUGAAGACAUCAGUUUGUCUCUGCAGAGAAAGAGAGAUGGCAAGUAUAGUGACAACAGUGAGGAAUGCAGAGAAAUUAGUGGAAAGAACCAUGAAAGGAAACGACGCGUCACACGAUGCAGCUCAUGUGUGGAGAGUGAGAGACCUUGCUCUCUCUCUUGCUCAAGAAGAAGGCCUCUCUUCUGAUUCAAUGGAAAUAGUAGAGCUUGCUGCACUUCUUCAUGAUAUAGGUGACUACAAAUACUUAAGGGAUCCAUCUGAGGAGAAAAUUGUUGAGAAUUUUCUGGAGGAAGAGGGAGUAGAUGAAGUAAAAAAGAUGAAGAUCCUGGCAAUCAUUAAGGGGAUGGGUUUUAAGGAGGAACUUGCAGGGCAUGCAAAUGGCGAAUUUUCUCCAGAAUUCAGGGUUGUGCAGGAUGCUGAUCGGCUUGAUGCAAUCGGUGCAGUUGGAAUUGCCCGAUGCUUUACUUUUGGUGGAAGUAGGAACAGGGUGCUUCAUGACCCUGCUAUUCACCCACGCUCAGAUUUGUCAAAGGAACAGUAUAUGAAGAAAGAAGAGCAGACAACUGUGAACCACUUCCAUGAAAAACUUCUCAAGCUGAAGGAUUUGAUGAAAACAAAGGCUGGGCAGAGGAGGGCUGAGAGAAGACACAAGUUCAUGGAGGAAUUUUUGAAAGAGUUCUAUGAAGAAUGGGAUGGACGAGCUUGAUAAAAGGUAGUUGUUUUCGAUCUUAAAUGAUGUUAUUGAACAAAGAAAGAUGUUAUUGAAUUCCAAGUGAAUGAGCCCUUGGCAAGUGCUAAUAUGUAUGCCACAAACUUUAUUUCAGCAAUGGAGGUAAUGAUAUAUUUAAGUUCAUCCA